UGGAGUCUGAGCUGGUUCCUGCGAAGUGGAAACGGGCUCAGUGGACGGACCCGCAGGAGGCGACGAGCCCCGCCGCUGCCGCCCCCCGCCCCGUCCCCCGCCGACCUCUACCCGCAAACAAUAAAACCCCAGUGACGGUCUGAUCCCGGCUUUGCUGCACAGACGUGAAGCCCGACUCCUGAAAAACAGAGAGAACGUCUCGUCACCGUUCCUGAAUUCUUGAAAUCAGGGACUCCUCAAAGAGUACUCAAUCAAAAAUCUCCUAAUACUCUUGUAAAUGUCUGUGCAGGUCUGAUUGCAGUCGUGCGUCUGGGCAGCCUGGCUGCCCCCCUGCCUCCAGAUGAAUGAAGAACGCUCCGGGACACAGAGACGCAGCUGAUGCAGGGCAUGCAGGUGUUUCUGCAAAUAUGAUGAAGAAGAAGAAUCCCCACAAGAAACACAAGAGCAGUCUGGCUCCGACCACCAAGGUUCUGUCACAGCCGCCUCGACGCAACAUCGUCGGCUGCAGGAUCCAACACGUGUGGAAGGAGGGAGGAGGCCACGUGGUCUGGAAGGGAGCGGUGCUCGACCAGGUGCCAGUGAACCCGGCGCUCUACCUGAUCAAGUACGAUGGUUUCGACUGCGUCUACGGUCUGGAGCUCCACAAGGACGAGAGGGUUCAGGGGCUGGAGGUGCUGCCCGACCGACUGGCUAAAUCCCGCCUGACGGACGUCAGCCUGGCGGACACCAUGAUCGGGAAGGCGGUGGAGCACAUGUUCGAGACGGAGGAGGGUCCGAAGGAGGAGUGGCGGGGGAUGGUGUUGGCGCGGGCUCCCAUCAUGACCACCUGGUUCUACAUCACCUACGAGAAGGACCCCGUCCUCUACAUGUACCAGCUGCUGGACGACUACAAAGAGGGAGACCUCCGCAUCAUGCCCGAAUCCAACGACAGCGUCCCGACGGAGAGGGAACCCGGCGAGGUGGUGGACAGCCUGGUGGGGAAACAGGUGGAGUACGCCAAAGAGGACGGCGGCAAGCGAACGGGCAUGGUCAUCCACCAGGUGGAGGCCAAGCCCUCCGUCUACUUCAUCAAGUUUGACGACGACUUUCUCAUCUACGUCUACGACCUGGUCAAAACUUCGUAAAAAAAACAACUAACCCCCACUCCAAGACAGAAACAAAAUGGAACACAUUGUUGAAAGAUCUUGAGGCCUUCGAUCCAGCGUUCGACCCUCAAAUAUUAAAACCAUGAAGAAAUAAUUCUUGCUGCGGAAGAACACAGGACGGAUGCUUCAAGGUGGAUUUGAAGCCUCUCGUCUACGAACGCCUACAAGGUCUUAAUGCCUCUCUAAGAGAAGGAAUCUGUCCCAAAAUUUCUGUUCUAUUCCAGUAUUUUACUUUGAAAGUUAGAGCGAGACCGAGGCCUUUUAGAAGCUCACGCACCAAAACGAGAAAAAAAAGUGCAGAAUCUCCCAGAAUCCGUUCAUGAUUCCACAAGAUCUGCUUUCACCUGAAGAAACUAACCGUGAUAACAUCUUAGCUUCUGGUUUUAUCCAGUGUCUGGACGAGACGCGGCUCAACUAAUGAAGAUAACACAUGUCGAAGUUUGAUAGUAGCCAACUCUUCUGUGCUCAAGAUAGAACAAAGAAACGAGAUGAGGAUGAUGAUCUCUGGAGUCUUGAGCUGGAUGGAAAACAUGGCCGCUUACAAAUGAGCAGACUCCCAGUGAAGAAGUGAAGUCUGGAGCUGGUUGGUGGAAGAAAGAAAGACCAGAAAAAACAGUUGAAACCACGACAAAGGACGAGCCUGUCACUUAUCUGUCACGUACAGGACGGACUGGCGUCACAACUGUGUGGAAGCACAUUUCUGCCAAGAAAAAAAAAUAUUUAGAAGGAGAAAAAAUGAUCAUAAGAAAAAUCUUUAUAAAGGAAAUUAUGAGUCCAAAGAAUUAUGUCAUAAUUGUAUUACUUUGGUCUCAUGAGUUUUUACUCAUGUCUUCAUUUUAAGUUAAUUCAUUAUGAUUUUGACUUUUAAAAAUUUGUACUUAAAUUUGACUUUGACAUAUUUUUUUACAAUUGUGACAAAGUAACGUGUCACGUUGAAUUAGUCUCUAAUCUCGUAAUUUAUAAAAUAUCAAACUUAUCAAACAAAAUUUUCUAAAUGGAAUUUUUUUUUUUCAUUCAUCAUUUCGACCCAAAGUUAAAAAAUUCCUACAAAUUUUUAUAUUUUCCGUCCUCAGCGUGAGGCCGUCACCCCCCUUCGGCAGAAAUGGUCUUCCACAAAACAGGGCGCGGUGAAAAAAUAUCAGUAUCUUUGGAAAUAUCUCAAUCGGAGUUUGUACAGAGCAAAACCUGUCGGAUCGCUUCAUCACAUCUCGUGUGCUGAUUAUUCCCGGCUCCAUUUCACCAACGUCGAUGAAGAAGGCGUCUACAAGUGAACACAGAUUUAUUCCUUCUUUCUGCUCUUCUCAUCGCCAGCACCCUCCUCCCUCUUCCCCGUCGUGACGUCGUUUGAUGUUAAAGACGAUCGCACAGCUUUCUCGUCGUGAUUUCACUGAAGCCUUUUUUCGGAAUUCUCUCUCGUGUCGUCUUUUCUAAAUCGCCAAGUGACGAGGACAAAACGGACGGAGAAACAAACGGCGAAACUCGGCCAAAGCCCCUUUUUCUGUCCUCUGCAGUUUGUGUUGAAGUGGAACACAAAAAGUGAUUUAAGGAGCUGACGACGUGUUUAAUGCACCUUAACAAGGACAAUGUUCCCUGGACGGUUCCGGACUUUUUAACCAGAAUUUACCAGAAAAAAAACCUGAAUCUGCUGUAGAGAUUUCAGUCCUGUUUUCAGUUUUUGGAAGCUUGUAAUUCCAGUUUACUAUGUGUCGUGGAAAACAAGAAUAAUUUCUGAAUCAAAAGUAUCCCAGUUUGUAUUAACACACAAACCAACAGAUAUCACGGACUCCGUGCUGGCGUCAGAUCUGAUGAUGUUCUCCCCCCGGCGUGCGAAGGAAACACGAGUUUCUGUCGGACGUCCGUGAAGAAGAUCCGGUCUGUUCCACGACUCGUAUGCAGUAAGAGAGAGAAGACACAGUCCGUUGUGUUUCCUAUGUGAAGAGAUUAAGAAGCAGUGAAGGUUUGAAUUUCCUUGUUUUUUCCACAAAAUAUUUUUAUUUCAUUUGGGUUUACUCAAGACUGAAGUUUUUUCAUGAACGUGUUCUGUAACGUACUGAUUUGCACUUGAUAUCCAGUUCCGGAGCUGAUUGGUAACGUUAAAGGGGCUACAACAUAGCUAACGUUAGCAUCAGCUGCUGAUGAGACUGUUCCUUCUCCUGCAGUGGAAAGCUAUAAACCAAUGCUAACUCUUGUUUUGGUUCUAUUUCAACUUUGCUUUUGCAUCUUUGCUUCUACGGAAGUUAGCAUGCUAAGCAAGCUAGCACCGGCUAGCUUGCUAGCGAUGUGUAGAAGAUUUACAGAUAGUCCCUUUAAAGAUUAAUAUCAGUAGCAACCGGUGCAUAAUAACCAUCAUUUUACUCCCAAACAAAAUUUAACAUAAUAAUAAAUAAGGAACCAGUAACGGCCGUAGACUGUAAAUUUAAAGAUGGAAGACACGGAAAAAAAUGAGGCCCAAAUAUCUCGGCUAUAGGUGCUGCCAUUUUGUGCUGGUGAUGUCAUCGAGCCAUCAGUUAGAUAAGAACUACCUAAAGUGACAGAAAUCAUCUUGUGUACUUUUUUAAAUAUUACCCAUGUCCCAUCUGCUAACAUGGAGGGGGGGGGGGGGGGGUGUCUAUGACCUAUACUGCAGCCAGCCACCGGGGGGCGAUCCAGAUAUUCUGGCUUCACUUUUGGGAUCCGUCAUGUCGUCCAUCUUUAUCGAGUCUUAAACCUAUCAGGUUGCUCCGCUUACAGAACAGCUGUUUCAUUUCAAACCUUCAGUCCGUGUGCUUCCUGUGAUGUAUUUAGUUGCCGAGGUAGAUUACAGCUCUCACUUUAAACCGCUCUUAAAAAGAAGAAAGAAAAAAGACGGACUCCCACACGAGAUCUGUGGGUUUCUGCACUUGUGUAUCUGUUUGUUUUUUUUGAUCAGCAGGAAACUUUUCUGAGUUACGAAAAAUAACUUGAGCCUCCGUUCACAGCGAGGGAACGUCGUCCAGUUCAUUUGACUAUUAUAACAGUUAUUGUUGUUGUUAACGUUGGAAUGACAUCGGCCUUCUAUCAUCUCUUCUGCCUUGUAUUGUUUGUUUUUUGUAUCGUUUUAAAAUUGUAUGAUAAUAAUUUUUAUUGUUAAUGGAAAAAACCUGA